UAGCUAACGAUGUAAACAAAACAUUUUACCGGCGUCGCGGGAUAAAAAGCACGCUCUUUUUCACUUGCUUUUAUAGCGCUAAUUUUCCGGUGGGAAAAUUGUGUAAAUCGUAAAAACUCCACCAAAGCGUAGAACUGCGUUGCAUGAUGGCACAGACGGCCGUAGCGAAUCAGUCGACAUUGCUUCCGCUAGAACUGGUGGAUAAAUGUAUCGGCUCUCGGAUACACAUUAUCAUGAAGAACGAUAAGGAGAUCGUGGGAACAUUGCUCGGAUUCGAUGACUUUGUCAACAUGCUGCUGGAGGACGUGACGGAGUACGAGAAUACACCGGAGGGACGGCGGAUAACGAAGCUGGACCAGAUCUUACUGAAUGGCAACAACAUCACGAUGCUUGUACCCGGUUCCAGCGGUGACCUUCCAGAUGCAUCAUAAGUCAGAUUAAAACCAUGUUUUCGGAUGGAUGUUGUGAAAUGGGUGUGAAAAUUAAUAUAAUUACAAAACAAAACCCCCAGACUAAAUGGAAA